AGCCGAGGAGCGACGCGGACGCGGACGCACGAGCCGAGGCAAGGACCGACACGGACGCAAGAGCCGAGGAGCGACGCGGACGCACGAGCCGAGGCAAGGACCGACACGGACGCAAGAGCCGAGGAGCGACGCGGACGCACGAGCCGAGGCAAGGACCGACACGGACGCAAGAGCCGAGGAGCGACGCGGACGCGGACGCACGAGCCGAGGCGAGGAGCGACGCGGACGCGGACGCACGAGCCGAGCCGAGGAGCGACGCGGACGCACGGCUGCGGGCGCUCGGCUCUGUACGCGCUGCUCCGCGGCCGUUGGUGCGACGGCGACGAGCGCACACGUCUCCAGAUGCGCACAGGGGCCGCGCGCUGGAUCGCACCUCUCUCCGCACGGACACUCCGCAGCUGCGAGCUGAGGCAGUCGACGCACGGCUGACAUCAGCCUUCUGGGAUGGAGGGCACAGGCAGUGGCUGGCCAGCCGAGCUCACUCCGCCAUGUGUGAUGCUGCAUGAUGUGAAUGGAAAUGACACAGGUCAGGUCUUUGAGGUGGCGCUGCAGAACGGCUCCUCCAAGCGCAGCCCUCAGUUUGUGGGCGUGGAGCUGCUCCAGUCCUUCAAGCUGCUCAUCAUUCCCUGCUACACCCUGGUGGCCCUCGUGGGCGUAUUCGGCAACUACCUGCUCCUCUACGUCAUCUGCUGCACCCGCAAGAUGCACAACGUCACCAACUUUUUCAUCGGGAACCUGGCCUUCUCCGACAUGCUGAUGUGUGCUACGUGCGUCCCCUUCACACUGGCCUACGCCUUCAACCCGCACGGCUGGGCCUUUGGACGUUUCAUGUGCUACCUGGUGUACCUCAUCCAGCCCGUGACCGUGUACGUGUCAGUCUUCACUCUCACUGCCAUCGGUGUGGACAGAUACUAUGCCACAGUCCACCCUCUGAAAAAGCGGAUCUCAGUCUUGGCGUGCACCUACCUUCUGUCUGGGAUCUGGCUGCUGUCCUGCAGUCUGGUGGCUCCAGCUGUGGCUCACACCUACCACGUGGAGUUUAAGAAUGAGGGCUUCACCAUCUGCGAGGAGUUCUGGAUGGGCCAGGAGAGGGAGCGGCUGGCCUACGCGUACAGCACGCUCUUCAUCACCUACGUCUUGCCCCUGUCGGCGCUCUGCAUCUCGUACCUGUGCAUCUCUGUCAAGCUACGGAACUGUGUCAUACCGGGCCACCACACCCAGAGCCAGGCAGAGGCUCAGCGCAUGCGCAAGCGCAAGACCUUCCGCCUGGUGAGCCUGGUGGUGGCCGCGUUUGGCAUUUGCUGGCUGCCCAUCAGUGUCUUCAACGUUCUGCGGGACAUUGACAUUGACCUGAUUGACAAGCGGUACUUUCUGCUCAUUCAGCUGCUCUGUCACCUGUGCGCGAUGAGCUCGUCUUGCUGUAACCCCUUUCUCUACGCCUGGCUGCACGACCGAUUCCGCGCCGAGCUCCGCAAAAUGUUCACGUGCCGCCGUCGCAUUGGCAUCUCGGCCAAUAACUGUGCCACAGCCAGUGUGGUUUUGUAAAGCUCCUGUUUUUAAAGGGCUACACUGUUGUUGAAGUCUUGGCUUCCUAGGGCAGACCACACUCAUCUCGUUCUAGAAACACACAGAAUUAGAUAUUUGUAGCAAAGUAGAGUUCUCAACUCUGUGUGGUUUCACUCAAGGUAUAGACACAUUCAACGUUGCUCUCUAACAUUGUUUUGACUCACAAUAACAGUUAAAAAAAAUUUGUUCCAUGCAUUGUCCGUCCUUAUCAGAACCUGGCGGCUACAUUAUCCCCGACGCAGGUUGCUCUUUAAGACAGUUCAGAUGGACAUUUGGGGGUGCUACUUGAGUUGCUGGCCUAAGAGAGCUUGGUUGCAUGUGACAGAGGCAUGGUAAGCUCACUCUUUACAAUGUUUUCUUAUAUUCAUGUAUUUACUUGUAUUCUUCAGAUACAACCAACACUGACUCAUGUGACAACACUAGAGGCAAUUUGUGAGAUUUUGUGGGUCUCACCACCAAGCACGUUCAUUACUAAUUAAGCCAAAAGAGAAAAAUUUAUUCCCAACAAAGGACUACAUCAUUUCUUAAAACACCAAUGGUGUUUUAUGUAAAAAUCACACAAGGAAAUUAUGAAUUAGUCAGGGACUGUUUUCAGCUGCGGAUUUGUUGCACUAGCAACUAUACAAGGCAGCAGGACGGUCUACUGUAUGUUGCACUGACUAUGUAUAAAAUAAAAUAAACUACAUUGGCGCUGUUCAUCAUAAUAACAGACCCUGUCUGAUGAUGUGAUUUUAAUAGUUUUUGGAGAAGAAUGAACACCUGUGGGUCUGAGUAGUAAGCUACAGUAUAUCAGGCCAACUGUCAGUUGGAUUAAAAUAAUUGCUGGGUUUGUCCUUUCAAAAAAGACAACUGGGAUCUGAUGACAGUAACUAAAAUACCUGUCACCAAACUUAUCCUAGCCACAGAUAUACCCACUGGAAGUAGGAAAAAAACAUUAAAAACACACAAGUUGUGCACUAUGUAGCUUGUUUGAAGGCUUAUAUGAUAAGUUGUGAAGAUUAAUAUUUAAUUUACGCAUGUAGGUUUCUCUUAAAAUAUACAUAAAAAAUUGCAAGUUAUUACAAAUACAACAGUCUGGUGAAAUACUUAGUGUCUUUAUUUAAAAAUUAAAACUGUAUUACGCUCAGCCUGUCUUUUCAAAUAUCAGAAACAUCAAGCUUGACAUUCUGCUCAUUGAGCUCUCACUUCAGAAAAAGAAGAGAUGAAGCAAACAACUCUCCAUCAUCCAGCAAACAUAAUCAUGAAAAAGGUUCUGAAGGCACAUCUCUGUACUCUGAACAUUUUUUAUUGCUACUAUUUUCUGCCAAGACAUCAAACAGGAUCAUCAUGUAAAGGCAUAGAUGCAGGUUUCAUUCAUUAGUGUAGUCAAACACAAAGACGAGGCUGAUUAUUACGGAUAAGGAGACCUAUGUGUCUGAAAUAAAGAUUCAUCUAAGCUAUUA